AGGGGGCUGUCCUAAAAUAUUUGUGCCUCUGUGAGAAUGGAGUAACCAGCAAUUCUCAAACGGCAGGACUUAUUUUUAGCUAAGUCUCAGCCUGAAAUAAAUUGGGAAGCUGAGGAGCGUUCUGAUAAACACGAGUAAAACAGAGACAGGAAAUAGAGGGUCUUUGGGUAAUGAGUUCCAGCCACUCUUGAAACAGAAAGCUAGUGAAGGCAUUACUUGAAAAUAGUUUCUCUAUGACAGCCUAGCAAUUUUUAGCUUGUUAUUUUACUAUUAAAAGGGAACACUCUCACUGCAGUUUUCAACUGCACUACAGAAGCUUCCCUUUCCCCCUCCCUCUCUCUCUCUCCCCCCCCCUCAGACCAUCUGGCAUUAUGCAUCUUUUGAAGCCUUUAGAAUGAUAUUACUGCCUGUUGAUGACUGAUCUCUGCUUUAAAAAAAACCAGAUGCUCUCUGGGUUGGGGAGGUGGGGAGACGCUGCCUGAAGUUUGUACAGUUGCGUGUGUACAUUCAGCAGAAGAGUUUAGAAGGAGCCCGUGGGACAAUUUUCAAUCAAAUAUGUAGAGACACCCAGCUUGCUAGAGGUAGAGAAACUCAGUGUGAGUUGGGGAGAGCGCUAGAUAGAAAGAUCGUGGUCUUUCUCCAGAACAAAGCUCUGAACCCAGGGAAUAUAAUUGCUGAGAUGGGCCCGAAACAUGGAGAGUGAGAUUGAUAUUUACAAACACUUCACGUGGCUAAAGAGGUCCCAGGUGAAUCACCAUACUUCUGCAAGUAAUGAAACCUAUCAAGAACGCCUGACAAGACUAGAGGGUGACAAAGAGUCUCUCAUACUGCAGGUGAGCGUCCUUACAGACCAGGUGGAGGCCCAAGGAGAAAAGAUCAGAGAUCUAGAAGUUUGCCUCGAGGGGCACCAGCUGAAACUUAAUGCUACCGAAGAGAUGCUUCAACAGGAGCUGCUAAGUCGAACAUUGCUGGAAACUCAGAAAUUGGACCUCAUGGCAGAAGUUUCGGAUCUGAAGAUUAAGCUGGUUGGGAUGGAGAAGGAACAAAGCGAAUAUGAAGAGAAGCAGAACAAAGCUGAGUCAGUAGUGAACCUGAUCAGUGAACUACAAGAACAAAUGUGUAGACUGCAGCUGGAGAUUAAUAGUAAAAUCCAGGAAAGAAAAUCCCACAGUAGGAAGCCAAAUAUGGCAGCAGUCGGUCCUCAAGAUAGCAUUGACUCGGUGACAGAGGUCCCUGUUUGGAAGAAUUGCACUCAGUGUGAUAACUUAAUACAGGAACUAAAACACCUAAAAAUUAAGGUUGAAGAGCUGGAAAAUGAAAGGACCCAGUAUGAAUGGAAACUGAAAGCAACCAAAGCUGAAAUUGCACAGCUUCAGGAGCAGUUAGCUCUAAAAGACUCGGAGAUUGAACGAUUACAGAGUCAAAUCUCGAGGACAUCGGGAAAUAAUGAAAUUGCGGAAAGAGAGGAAGUGUAUAGGCGAAGGCUAAAAGAAAAACAUCAAGAGGUCCAAUGUUUGAAAGUAGGAAUGGAAUCAUUAUUGGCUGCAAAUGAAGAAAAGGACCGCCGAAUAGAAGAGUUAACUGUAUUGCUAAGUCAGUACCGAAGAGUGAAAGAGAUCAUGAUAGCAGUACAAGGAACUUCAGAAAGAGUUUUGUGUGGAAGCAGUGAAGAUGAUCUUGAAGUAACUUUUAGAAAAUGGAAUCCCAUGAAUAAGCCCCAAAUAGAACUAUAUAAGCCAGAGGUACCUCCAGGGGAAUUGACCCUACCUAUGUUGCCUUCUCCUCCACAAAAAAAAAUGCUGGAAAUGAGCGGAAGCUCCCCAGUUCCUUCAAAUAACCUGUUUUCUGCAAACGGACAAAGCCUGGAAGUCCAACACAGGGCGCCUCAGAAAAAAAUAUCAAGUAGUCUUGAAGACUUGCAAAGUGAAUCCCUGGAAAAGCAUGUAGAUGCGAAACCAGUAGAACGUGAUGUAGCACAAGAGAAUAAGCCAUUCGUGAAAAGCAGCAAAUACCAGACCUUGCCAGGGAAGCUUCCUCGACCUGCACACAACGGUGAUACUGGGGUAUACAGUACUCCUUCUCCAAGUACGUGCCGUGUGAAUGGCAACGGAGACAACAACACACAGAGCCUGAAUCGCAUCAGGAGUGUCAGUGCACCAAUAUUAGGGGACUCUGACAAUAUGGAUGGUACGAUGAAUUCAGAUGACCUUUCACCUUUGUCAUCGGGAACAGACUCUGGUGCACAGUCUCCAUUAUCUCCAGAAAAUAAAAGAAGUCCAAGAGGAAUAAAGAAAAUAUGGGGAAAAAUACGCAGGACCCAGUCUGGAAAUUUCCCAGGAGAUGAUCUGGGCUUGGUUGAAUUUCGAAGAGGUGGCCUCCGUGCAACAGCUGGACCUAGAUUGUCUCGGUCAAAGGACACCAAGGGACAGAAGAGUGAUCAUAACGCCCCAUUUGCCCAAUGGGGCACUGAACGAGUUUGUAACUGGCUUGAAGACUUCGGUCUCGGGCAGUAUGUCAUUUUUGCACGACAAUGGGUGACAUCUGGCCACACCCUCUUAACAGCAACACCGCAGGAUAUGGAAAAGGAACUAGGAAUAAAGCAACCUCUGCACAGGAAGAAAUUGGUUUUGGCAGUUAAAGCUAUCAAUACAAAACAAGAUGAUAAGUCAGCUCAGCUUGAUCAUAUCUGGGUGACUCGGUGGCUUGAUGAUAUUGGCUUACCUCAAUAUAAAGAUCAGUUUCACGAAUCGAGAGUUGAUGGCAGGAUGCUGCAAUAUUUAACUGUGAAUGACCUCCUUUUCCUCAAAGUCACAAGCCAGUUGCAUCAUCUCAGCAUUAAGUGUGCCAUUCACGUGCUCCAUGUGAAUGGUUUCAACCCUCACUGCCUACGGAGGAGGCCAGCAGACGAGAAUAACAUUUCACCUUCCGAAGUAGUUCAGUGGUCCAAUCACAGAGUAAUGGAAUGGCUCAGAUCAGUAGAUCUGGCAGAAUAUGCACCGAACCUUCGAGGAAGUGGAGUUCAUGGUGGCCUUAUUAUCCUUGAACCUCGUUUUAAUGGUGAUGCCCUGGCAAUGCUUCUCAACAUUCCACCGCAAAAAACGCUGCUAAGACGCCACUUAACCACUAAUUUCAACGUGCUAAUUGGACCAGAGGCACAGCAAGAAAAAAGAGAAAUAUUGGAAUCUACAGCCUAUGCGCCUCUGACUACCACUGCUAAAGUUCGGCCAAAGAAACUUGGAUUUUCACAUUUUGGAAACUUAAGAAAAAAGAAAUUUGAUGAAUCUACGGAUUACAUUUGCCCUAUGGAUACCAGCCCAAGUACCACCAACGGUACUCAGAGGAGCUACGGCGCCUACAAAGUGCAUAAUGCCCUCCCUGACAAAGAAUUAGACAAACUGGACCAGAUGGAACAUUCAGAAGGAACAGUAAUGCAAAUAGGGGAACUUUCUCAAGGAAUAAACAACCUCACAACUAUGUUAAGCCAAGAUCAGUUGCUGAAUGAUGAUAGAUUUUUAACACCAACGGUUGAGGACUGGUGAUGAAGAUUCCAUGGGACCAACACCGCUCUUAAUACCUCAGUUGUAUUAGGGGAUAUGACUGGUCCAGGCUGGGUGCUCUGUUUAAAAAUAUGCCACUGAAAUGUGUGAAACCUUUUAAAGUGCUGUUUUUCACAUCUCCCACCCCAACAGCAAUGAAAACCCUAAGGUCUAGGUACUUAAUACAUGCAGUCAAAGAACCUAUGCAACAUUUUUAGUAGUAGUAAAAUUAAGAGUAUGUAAAUAUAUUUUAAAGCACAGUGAGUCAUUUACUAGUCAGUGAUCCAUUUUCUAUAUUUUGUACUUGCUCAUGGUGCAUAUUAUUGGGAUCGCGUUAGUUUUCUAAGGUUUUCACCCCUUAUGAAUGGUUAGUACAACCAACACUAUGUUUUUCUUCCAGUGUGGUAUAAUGAUCCCCUGGUACGAUAAAC